CAGCAGCAGCAGCAGCAUCGACCAGGCCGGCCGUGCACGGCUCGCAAGUCCUCGCAGCCAUGAGCAGCGAGCAGGAUAAACUAUCCGGCAAAGAAAAAUCCAAGACACCAGUGAGAUUCCUACCACAGUUAUCUACGGAUAAACCGCCCAGCAAAGAAAAGACCAAACUGCCAACGAGAGUUUUACCCCAGUUAGCUUUGACAGGAGUCAAGCCCCAGUGGCAGCAGGCUGCUCCGUCAUUCCAUUUAAAUGUCAAACAGGACAUCCCGGUUCCAGAACCCUAUACUGUUAAAAAUGAGCAGUCAUAUGCUGAAUACAUGGAGCACUUUGGAAGAAAAGGCAAAUUACUGGAUCAAAUUGAUGAUAGCCGAGCUGGACCAUCGACUUCCAGAUCAAAGGUCAAAUCUCCACAUAAGGAGCGAGAGAAUUUUAGAAGCACUCUUGUCAGCGUCAUUAUGCAACAAGACGGUCGUUUAGACUCCAUUGUCCCUGAUGAGAGUAUUACAAAAACAACCACUUCUGCAAUAGAGAAAGACAUCUUGAGAUAUUACUAUUACAUUCAUCAUGGGAUUGAUACAGAUCAUGUGGCCCCGAUGGAGGACUCUUGGCUGGAGCACGUGUUGGAUUUGGUUCCACAACACCUGAAAGUCCUCACUGACAGCAUAAUGGUCUUGUCAGAUGAAAUGAGAGAAGAUUAUCUUCUUAGUGUCAAGAAAUCCAUAGUUGAUUUCGUUUUAAAAGACCCCAGAGAAAAAGAGGAUGAUGGUAAAACAGCGGAGCUCCCACCACAUCGCGCCGAAAUGGAAGUUUUGCCAAAGCCGUGGAGGAGAUCUUUCCUAUCUGCUUGUUCUUAUAUUAGGGAUCACUUGAAUGCAAUGAACCCUACGAUGCUGGCUGUGCUGGAUCUGUGGCAUAGCACUUUUAAGAAAUUACGUUUAGUUGAUAUAGAAGAAUUUCACAACCGCCAGGAUGCGUUAGAGCUCUCAGGCUUCCAGAACAUUGUCAUUAGACACAUGGAGUCCGCCAAGGAGACACUGCUUAAAACGUGGUUUCCAGAAGUGCAGAAUAUUUAUUACCAAGGCAAUAAAAAAAAGCAAUUGCCCACUGGUGACAGCAGCGCCAAACUGGACUCUUUCUUCAACUGCGCUGCCACGCUUAUGACCUUGCAGCUACAGGACCUCACUCUGGUCUCCAUGCAAGACUUCACAGACCUCAUCUCCCAGCCCCCUGAAUCUAUUAGGGCUUUUGAACAUCCAGGUUUCAUCAUGAGGCUGAUUCUUGAUAAUAACAGCAUUAAGUUUGAACCUGAGUUUAGUGACUACAUAGAUAUCCUGGUAAACGUUUAUGAAGUCAUGAUUAAGGCUGUCAGCUUUGUGCCAAGAGUCGAGACAAAGUUGUAUUCCAAGUGGGAGAGUAAGUCUAGGCCAACAACCUUGAAGCCCAUAAUUCUGAGUGAAAUUAUAGACGCUCACAAAGAGAAGAUUAAGGAGGUGGUAAUAAGAGAGAGUGCGGCACCCAUUGAGCACCUCAGACUCUACGACAAGUAUCAGUUCUUGAUCACCAGGAAAGCCGAGCGUGAUGUCGAUGAGUUCCUGCUACAAAAUCAGAGCUAUGAGAGACUCAUAGAGGAAAUUCGCAAAUACCAGAAGCUAAUAGAAGACAUACAGUACACGUCUCGAAAGACGGUUCGUCUGGGAAUGUUUGAAAUGCAUUGUGAGGAACUGAUCAGAGCUUUGGUGAAGCGAGCUGAUGUUAUCUGUGGGAGACUGAUAGCUAAGAUGUUCCGAGAUCACCAGGAAGUGAACACAAGAUUAUGUGACGAGUUUGAGAAGAUAGCUGAAAAGGCUCUGAGCACGCCGCCGAACACAGCCGAGCUCAUGGAGAUGAAGGCUCACAUUCAGAAAGUGGAGACAACGGACAUGGUAGAGCUGGGACAGAGACUAGUGGAUUCUAAGAACUGCCUGGCCUUCCUCAUUGAGUGUGUGAACUUCUCUCCUGCCGACAUCAGGCUAAACAACAGCGUUUUCCAGUGGUAUGCCAGAAUGGGCGAAGUUUUUGACGAGCACAGGAAAAUCAUUAAAGAUAAAACAGAACAGUAUCAAGAAGGCCUUAAGUUGCGGUGUGAGCGGUUUGUGGAGGAACUGGAGAGUUACGCUAAACAAGCAGAAGAAUUUUAUACAUUUGGGGACCUGCAAGACGUACAGCGGUACCUGAAGAAGGCUCAGGUGCUGAAUGGCAAGCUGGACGCUGCAGCAGACAAGAUUGAGCAGUUUAAUGCAGAAGAGGAGGCCUUUGGCUGGAUCCCAUCAGUGUAUCCUCAACGUAAAAAGAUCCAAGAUGGUCUGAACCCUUAUCUCCGUCUCUAUGAAACUGCUGUGGAGUUUAGUACCAAACACAGAGGGUGGACAGAAGGACCAUAUCACAAGGUGAACCCAGACCAAGUAGAGGCUGACGUUGGGAACUACUGGAGAGGGCUCUAUAAGCUGGAGAAGGCCUUCCACGACUCCCCCAAUGCACUCGCAAUGACAAAAAAGAUAAGAGCAAGAGUGGAAGAGUUCAAGCAGUACAUCCCUCUCAUCCAGGUCAUCUGCAAUCCCGGCCUGCGCCCCAGGCACUGGGAGGCCAUGUCUGCCAUUGUUGGCUACCCGCUGCAGCCAGCCGACGACUCUACUGUUUUCUCCUUCAUAGACAUGAAUCUGGACCCGUUUCUAGACAGAUUUGAAGGCAUCAGUGAAGCAGCCAGCAAAGAAUAUUCCCUUGAAAAGGCCAUGGAUAAGAUGAUGACUGAAUGGGACACCAUGGAGUUUGUCAUCCAUCCGUACAGAGAGAGUGGGACACAUAUCUUGUCAUCAGUCGAUGAGAUUCAGAUGUUGCUGGACGACCAUAUUAUCAAAACACAAACUAUGCGAGGAUCACCGUUCAUCAAGCCUUAUGAAAAGCAAAUGAGAGAAUGGGAGGGCAAGCUGCUGCUGCUGCAGGAGAUCCUGGACGAAUGGCUGAAGGUGCAGGCCACCUGGCUCUACCUGGAGCCCAUUUUCAGCUCUCCCGACAUCAUGUCCCAGAUGCCGGAAGAAGGCAGGCGCUUUACAGCUGUGGAUAAAACAUGGAGAGACGUGAUGAAAACUGUUUUACAAAAUAAGCAUGUGCUGGCGGUUGUGACUAUCGAGAGAAUGCUGGAGAGGCUGAAAAAGUCCAAUGAACUCCUGGAGCUCAUUCUCAAAGGACUGAAUGAGUACUUGGAAAAGAAGCGUCUCUUCUUCCCCAGGUUCUUCUUCUUGUCCAACGAUGAGCUCCUUGAGAUACUGUCGGAGACUAAAGAUCCUACUCGAGUGCAGCCUCACCUGAAGAAAUGCUUUGAAGGAAUUGCAAAGGUCGAAUUUACAGAGACUUUAGACAUCACCCAUAUGAAGAGCAGUGAAGGAGAAGUUGUGGAACUUGUAGACACCAUUUCAACAGCCAAAGCCAGGGGUCAAGUGGAGAAGUGGCUGGUCGAGCUGGAGAGAGUUAUGAUUAAGUCCAUUCACAAGGUGAUUGGAGAUGCAAUUGCUGCCUAUACAAAAAACGAACGAAUUAAUUGGGUAAGAGACUGGCCUGGACAGACUGUUCUCUGCGUAUCUCAAACCUUCUGGACAGCAGAAGUCCAAACCGCUAUAGCAAGGGGGCAAUUGGUCCUUGAGGAAUACUUGAAUACCUGUAACAAUCAAAUUGAUGAUAUUGUCACAUUGGUCCGUGGCAAGUUAUCUAAGCAGAACCGUGUCACCCUGGGAGCCCUUGUGGUCUUGGAUGUCCAUGCUAGAGAUGUCCUUGCAAGCCUCGUCAAAAAGAAAAUCAGUGAUGAUACUGACUUUGAAUGGUUAAGUCAGCUUAGGUAUUACUGGCAAGAAAAUCAUCUAGAAACAAAGAUGAUCAAUGCUGGUUUGCGAUAUGGCUAUGAAUAUCUGGGCAACUCCCCUAGACUAGUGAUAACCCCACUUACAGACCGCUGCUACAGGACCUUAUUUGGAGCCCUUCAUUUGCACCUUGGAGGGGCACCCGAAGGUCCGGCUGGCACUGGGAAGACAGAAACAACCAAGGAUUUAGCAAAAGCUGUAGCCAAACAAUGUGUUGUCUUCAACUGCUCCGACGGGCUGGAUUACUUGGCUUUAGGAAAAUUCUUUAAGGGACUGUUAUCUUGUGGAGCUUGGGCCUGCUUUGAUGAGUUUAACAGAAUUGAUUUGGAAGGUAACUUUUUCCGGGGUUGUGCUGCUCAACAAAUCCUUACUAUCCAAAGAUGUAUUAACGCAGGUACCGAGCUGCUGGUGUUCGAAGGAACCGAGCUAAAGCUUGACCCCACGUGCGCUGUCUUUAUCACGAUGAACCCCGGGUACGCCGGGCGCUCAGAACUGCCAGAUAAUCUGAAGGCUCUCUUCCGGACAGUGGCCAUGAUGGUCCCCGACUACGCCAUGAUCGCGGAGAUAGUCCUGUACUCCUGCGGCUUUGUCACUGCUCGGCCACUGUCCAUCAAAAUUGUGGCUACAUACCGCUUGUGCUCAGAGCAGCUGUCUUCUCAACACCACUAUGACUAUGGGAUGCGAGCCGUGAAGUCUGUGCUCACAGCCGCUGGCAAUCUGAAGCUGAAAUAUCCAAAUGAAAAUGAAGAGAUUUUGCUACUUAGAUCUAUUAUUGAUGUAAAUCUGCCGAAGUUUUUAUCCCACGAUUUGCCACUCUUUGAGGGCAUUACUUCGGAUUUGUUUCCUGGGGUGAGAUUACCAAAGCCAGAUUACAAUGACCUGCUGGCGGCCAUCAAAGACAACUGCGCCGCCAUGAAUUUGCAAAUGACCAAAUUCUUCUCUGAGAAGAUCCUCCAGAUCUAUGAGAUGAUGAUCGUGCGCCACGGCUUCAUGAUCGUCGGGGAACCCUUCGGAGGGAAGACCUGUGCCUAUCGCGUGCUAGCUGGAGCAUUAGGUGACAUUUGCGAGAAGGGACUAAUGGAAGAAAACAAGGUUCAGAUAACUGUUUUAAAUCCUAAGUCUGUCACCAUGGGCCAGCUGUAUGGACAAUUUGAUUUAGUGUCCCACGAGUGGUCGGACGGGGUCCUCGCCGUCAGCUUUAGAGCAUUCGCGGCCUCCUCGACUCCAGACAGGAAGUGGUUAAUUUUUGAUGGACCAGUUGAUGCCGUGUGGAUUGAGAACAUGAACACUGUGCUGGAUGAUAACAAGAAGCUCUGUCUGAUGAGUGGGGAGAUUAUCCAGAUGUCGCCACAAAUGAACCUGAUUUUUGAACCAAUGGAUUUAGAAGUUGCCUCUCCGGCCACUGUUUCCCGGUGUGGCAUGAUUUACAUGGAGCCUCACAUGCUAGGUUGGAAACCAUUGAUGACGUCUUGGAUAAACACUUUACCACAGUCGGUCAGUAUCAUUCAGAAGGAGUUUAUAGAAGGCUUAUUUGACAGAAUGGUUCCUGUUUCUGUUGAAUUCAUUAGAAGACAUACAAAGGAGCUCUCUCCGACUUCAGAUACAAACUUGGUCCGCUCCUUGAUGAACCUCAUAGACUGUUUUAUGGACGACUUUACCGAUGAAAACAAACAGAAAGAGAGAAACGAUCGAGAAUCUUUCUCUCUGCUUGAGGGCAUUUUUCUGUUUUCAUUGAUCUGGUCCGUCGGUGCUUCUUGUACGGACGAUGAUCGUUUGAAAUUCAGUAAGAUUCUCCGAGAGCUAAUGGAAGGUCCAAUUUCAGACAUAACUCGAAAUAAGUUUAAAUUACAGAGUGGCACUGAGCAGACAUCCUCAAAGACAUUGACGGUGCCAUUUCCUGAGAAGGGAACAAUUUACGACUACCAGUUUAUUCCAGAGGGCUUGGGAAGAUGGGAUCAGUGGAUAAGGAGAUUAGGAGAUGCUCCCCCAAUUCCCAGAGAUGUACAGUUUAAUGAGAUCAUUGUGCCAACUCUAGACACAAUUCGUUACUCUGCGCUAAUGAACUUGCUGACCACUCAUCAGAAGCCUACAAUAUUCGUAGGACCAACUGGAACUGGGAAGAGUGUUUAUAUCAUUAAUUUCCUUUUAAAUCAACUCAAUAAGGAUAUCUACAAACCCCUGAUAGUUAACUUCUCAGCUCAGACGACCGCCGCUCAGACUCAGAAUAUCAUCAUGUCGAAACUGGACAAAAGAAGAAAAGGAGUUUUUGGCCCUCCUUUAGGCAAGAGAAUGAUCGUCUUUGUAGACGAUGUCAAUAUGCCUGCUCGGGAGGUCUAUGGGGCUCAACCUCCCAUCGAGUUACUCAGACAGUGGUUAGAUCACUGGAACUGGUAUGACCUCAAAGACUGCUCUGUGAUCAAACUAGUGGACAUCCAGAUCAUGUGCGCAAUGGGCCCUCCAGGAGGUGGCCGAAAUCCGAUAACGCCUCGCUACAUGAGACAUUUCAAUAUCAUAACUAUCAAUGAGUUUAGUGACAAGUCCAUGUUCACAAUCUUCUCCAGAAUCCUGACCUGGCAUUUAAGGAUCUGUUAUAAGUUUCCAGAUGAUUUUCUGGAUUUGACCACACAAAUUGUGAAUGGCACAAUGACCUUGUACAAAGAUGCCAUGAAGAAUCUCUUGCCCACCCCGGCUAAGUCUCACUACUUGUUCAACCUUCGAGAUUUCUCCCGUGUCAUUCAAGGUGUUUGUUUGUCAAGGCCAGAAACAGCAGAGAACAAAGAGGCCAUUAAACGCCUUUGGGUUCACGAGGUCCUCAGAGUAUAUUACGAUCGCCUUCUGGAUAAUAGUGACAGAAGCUGGCUUAUCAACUACAUACAAGAAAUUCUGAAAAAUUACAUGCAGGAAGAUUUUCAUGAGCUGUUUAGUCACUUGGAUUUUGAUAACGACGGCAUUGUGGAAGAAGAUGACUUAAGAAGUUUAAUGUUUUGUGAUUUCCAUGAUGCCAAGAGGGAAGACAGCAGCUACAGAGAGAUCGCCGACGUCGACACCCUCCGGAUGAUCGUGGAAAGCCACCUAGAGGAAUACAACAACAUGAGCAAGAAACCCAUGAACCUGGUCUUGUUCCGCUUUGCCAUAGAGCACAUCAGCCGAAUCUCCCGGAUCCUGAAGCAGCCGAGAAGCCACGCUCUCCUGGUGGGCGUGGGAGGCAGCGGGAGGCAGUCGGUCACCAGACUGGCGGCACACAUGGCGGACUAUUCGCUCUUCCAGGUGGAAAUCUCCAAGGGCUACGGUAGCCACGAGUGGCACGAAGAUUUAAAAGUGAUCCUAAGGAAGUGUGCGGAAGGGGACAUGCAGGGGGUCUUCCUGUUCACCGACACGCAGAUUAAAAGAGAGUCGUUCCUAGAAGAUAUCAACAACCUGCUAAAUGCCGGGGAGGUUCCCAACCUCUUUGCUCUAGAUGAGAAGCAAGAGAUCUGUGAAAAGAUGCGACAGUUAGAUCGCCAGCGGGAUAAAACCAAGCAAACAGACGGGAGCCCCAUAGCCCUUUUCAACAUGUUUAUCGAUCGCUGCCGCAACCAGCUGCACGUGGUCCUGGCCAUGAGCCCCAUCGGAGAUGCGUUUCGGAUUCGUCUUAGGAAAUUCCCUGCUCUUGUUAACUGCUGUACCAUCGACUGGUUUCAGUCGUGGCCGGAAGAUGCAUUAGAAGCAGUCGCUUCACGGUUCCUGGAAGAAAUUGAAAUGUCAGAGGAAAUCCGAGAAGGCUGUAUUGACAUGUGUAAAAGCUUCCAUACGUCUACUAUCAACUUAUCAACAUCCUUCCAUAAUGAACUUCAAAGAUACAAUUAUGUGACUCCAACCUCUUAUCUGGAACUGAUCUCCACCUUCAAACUGUUGUUAGAAAAGAAAAGAAACGAAGUGAUGAAAAUGAAAAAGAGGUAUGAAGUGGGCUUGGAUAAACUGGACUCGGCCGCGUCCCAGGUCGCCACCAUGCAGACUGAGCUGGAGGCGCUGCACCCCCAGCUAAAGGUUGCCAGCAGGGAGGUUGACGAGAUGAUGUUGAUCAUUGAGAGGGAGUCCAUGGAGGUGGCCAAAACCGAAAAGAUCGUGAAAGCUGAUGAAAUAGUAGCCAACGAUCAAGCCAUGGCCGCCAAAGCCAUCAAGGAUGAGUGCGAUGCUGACCUGGCUGGGGCGCUACCCAUCCUGGAGUCUGCGCUGGCUGCCCUGGACACCCUGACCGCCCAGGAUAUCACAGUGGUCAAGUCCAUGAAGAGCCCCCCUGCCGGUGUCAAGCUUGUCAUGGAAGCCAUCUGCAUCUUGAAAGGGAUCAAAGCCGAUAAAAUCCCUGACCCAACAGGCUCAGGGAAGAAAAUUGAGGACUUCUGGGGCCCCGCAAAGAGACUUCUGGGUGACAUACGGUUUCUUCAGUCACUUCAUGAAUACGACAAGGACAACAUUCCUCCGGCUUACAUGAACAUCAUAAGGAAGAGUUACAUCCCCAACCCAGACUUUGUUCCAGAAAAGAUCCGGAAUGCUUCGACAGCGGCCGAGGGUCUGUGCAAGUGGGUCAUAGCCAUGGAUUCCUAUGACAAAGUGGCAAAAAUUGUAGCUCCCAAAAAGAUAAAACUGGCUGCAGCUGAAGGGGAACUGAAAAUUGCGAUGGACGGUCUUAGAAAGAAGCAGGCCGCCCUGUAUGAGGUCCAGGACAAGCUGGCUAAGCUUCAAGACACGCUUGAGUUGAACAAGCAGAAGAAAGCUGACUUGGAAAACCAGGUUGAUCUGUGCAGCAAAAAGCUGGAGCGAGCCGAGCAGCUGAUUGGGGGCUUGGGAGGUGAGAAAACUCGCUGGAGCAACUCAGCCCUGGAGCUUGGGCAGCUGUACAUCAACCUGACAGGGGACAUCCUCAUCUCCUCAGGGGUUGUUGCCUACCUUGGGGCCUUCACAUCAAACUACAGACAGAACCAAACCAAGGAGUGGUCACAAUCGUGCAAAGAAAGAGACAUCCCUUGCUCAGAUGAUUAUUCUCUUAUGGGUACUCUGGGAGAAGCUGUUACAAUUCGAGCUUGGAAUAUUGCUGGAUUACCCUCUGACUCAUUUUCCAUCGAUAAUGGGAUCAUUAUAAUGAAUGCGAGAAGGUGGCCUCUGAUGAUAGACCCUCAGGGCCAGGCUAACAAGUGGAUCAAGAACAUGGAGAAAGCCAAUAGUCUCCAGCUCAUUAAGCUGAGUGACCCAGACUACGUCAGGACGCUGGAAAACUGCAUCCAGUUUGGGACUCCUGUGUUGCUAGAAAAUGUGGGAGAAGAACUGGACCCGAUUCUGGAGCCUCUUCUGCUGAAGCAAACCUUCAAGCAGGGCGGGAGCACGUGUAUCCGGCUUGGCGACUCCACGAUUGAGUAUGCUCCUGACUUCCGCUUCUACAUCACUACCAAGCUGAGAAACCCGCACUAUCUCCCUGAGACGUCAGUGAAGGUCACAUUAUUGAACUUCAUGAUAACUCCAGAGGGAAUGCAGGAUCAGCUUUUGGGAAUUGUGGUGGCACGGGAAAGGCCAGACCUGGAAGAAGAAAAGCAAGCCUUGAUACUUCAAGGAGCAGAGAACAAAAGGCAGUUAAAAGAAAUAGAAGACAAGAUUUUGGAAGUCCUUUCAUCUUCCGAAGGCAAUAUAUUAGAAGAUGAGACUGCAAUUAAGAUAUUAUCUUCUUCCAAGGCUUUGGCUAAUGAAAUUUCUCAAAAGCAGGAAAUAGCCGAGGAGACAGAGAAAAAGAUUGAUAACACCCGCAUGGGCUACCGCCCCAUUGCCGUCCAUUCCUCCAUCCUGUUUUUCUCCAUUGCUGACUUAGCCAACAUCGAGCCCAUGUACCAGUAUUCCCUGAUCUGGUUCAUUAACCUGUUCAUCCUGUCCAUUGAAAAUUCAGAGAAAUCAGAAGUCUUAUCCAAAAGGCUCCAGAUUCUCAGGGAUCACUUCACCUACUCACUCUACGUCAACAUCUGCCGGUCACUCUUUGAGAAGGACAAGAUGCUGUUUUCCUUUUGUCUCACUGUGAAUCUGCUGAUACACGACAAUGCGAUUAACAAAGCAGAGUGGAGAUUUCUGCUCACUGGUGGCAUUGGGUUGGACAAUCCUCAUACGAAUCCUUGCACGUGGCUUCCUCAAAAGUCCUGGGAUGAGAUCUGCCGACUGGAUGACUUACCUGCCUUCAAGACCAUUCGCAGAGAGUUUAUGCGCCUAAAGGAUGGGUGGAAGAAAGUAUAUGAUAGUUUGGAGCCACACCAUGAGAUGUUUCCAGAAGACUGGGAGAAUAAAGCAAAUGACUUCCAAAGGAUGCUUAUUAUUCGUUGCUUGAGGCCAGACAAGGUUAUUCCCAUGUUGCAGGAAUUCAUAAUCAAGAAGUUGGGGCGCGCCUUCAUUGAACCGCCCCCCUUCGAUCUGUCCAAGGCGUUUGGGGAUAGUAACUGCUGUGCACCGCUGAUCUUUGUGCUCUCACCUGGAGCGGAUCCCAUGGCUGCUCUUCUGAAAUUCGCUGAUGACCAGGGCUAUGGGGGCUCAAAACUUAGCUCUCUGUCCCUUGGCCAAGGCCAAGGGCCCAUUGCUAUGAAGAUGUUAGAAAAAGCUAUCAAGGAUGGAACAUGGGUGGUUCUCCAAAACUGUCACCUUGCCACCUCCUGGAUGCCAACUCUUGAGAAAGUUUGUGAGGAGUUAAGCCCAGAAUCAACGCACCCGGACUUCCGGAUCUGGCUGACUAGUUACCCAUCUCCGAAUUUCCCGGUGUCGGUCCUGCAGAACGGAGUGAAAAUGACCAACGAGGCACCGAAAGGACUUCGGGGUAACAUCAUCCGCUCCUACCUCAUGGACCCCAUCUCCGACCCGGAAUUCUUUGGCAGCUGCAAAAAGCCGGAAGAAUUCAAGAAAUUGCUUUAUGGUCUCUGUUUCUUUCAUGCUUUGGUACAAGAGAGACGAAAAUUUGGACCCCUGGGGUGGAAUAUUCCUUACGAAUUCAAUGAGACAGAUCUAAGGAUCAGUGUGCAGCAACUCCACAUGUUCCUGAACCAGUAUGAGGAACUUCCCUAUGAUGCUCUCCGGUACAUGACUGGGGAAUGCAAUUAUGGAGGCCGGGUGACAGAUGAUUGGGACCGUCGCACAUUGCGUAGCAUUCUGAACAAAUUCUUCUGCACGGAAUUAGUUCAAAAUGCAGAUUACAAAUUUGACUCCAGUGGCAUCUAUUACGUCCCUCCUUCUGGUGAUCACAAAAGCUACAUCGAGUACACGAAGACCCUGCCACUGACCCCAGCACCAGAAAUCUUUGGGAUGAACGCCAAUGCCGACAUCACUAAGGACCAGUCAGAGACCCAGCUGCUGUUCGAUAACAUUCUCCUCACCCAGUCUCGUUCAUCAGGUACUGGAGCGAAGUCGUCAGAUGAAGUUGUAAACGAGGUUGCCGGCGACAUCCUGGGCAAACUUCCAAACAACUUCGAUAUUGAGUCUGCAAUGAGGAGGUACCCCACAACCUACACUCAGAGCAUGAACACCGUCCUUGUCCAAGAGAUGGGACGGUUCAAUAAGCUGCUGGUGACCAUACGAGAAUCGUGCAUUAAUAUUCAAAAAGCCAUCAAGGGGCUUGUUGUGAUGUCUACAGAGCUAGAAGAAGUGGUCAGCAGCAUUCUGAAUGUCAAAAUUCCAGGAAUGUGGAUGGGUAAAUCCUACCCCAGCCUUAAGCCACUCGGCAGCUAUGUGAAUGACUUCCUGGCAAGACUAAAAUUCCUGCAGCAAUGGUAUGAAGUUGGCCCUCCACCCAUUUUCUGGCUUUCUGGCUUCUUCUUCACGCAAGCUUUCCUAACUGGUGCACAGCAGAACUAUGCCAGAAAAUUCACGAUUCCAAUCGAUCUUCUUGGGUUUGACUACGAAGUGAUGGAUGACAAAGAAUAUAAAAACGCUCCUGAGGAUGGUGUUUACAUCCAUGGAUUGUUUCUGGACGGAGCUUCGUGGAACAGAAAGAGCAAGAAACUUGCAGAAUCACAUCCCAAAGUUCUCUAUGACACAGUCCCUGUGAUGUGGUUAAAACCCUGCAAGAGGGCAGACAUCCCCGAACGGCCGAGUUACGUGGCCCCACUGUACAAGACGAGUGAGAGGCGAGGCACUCUGUCCACCACGGGCCACUCCACCAACUUCGUGAUUGCCAUGACGCUCCCCUCCGACCAUCCCAAGGAGCACUGGAUCGGACGGGGCGUCGCGCUGCUGUGUCAACUGAAUUCGUGACCCGGAGGUGUCGUUAGACUGAGUAGAACACAUUGUAUUUUUAGAUUUUGUUUUGGCUUAA